AUAUGCUUUUCUACUUAAAAAGUAAAAAGAAAUAUUUCAUAUGAGAGAUAUCUUUGACUUUAAUCAUAAUAAUUCAGACAUGGGAUAUUUUUAUAAUUAUCUCUCAUCACAUCAUAAUGUGCAGAACGUUUUUCUAUACAUCGUUAGACCUUAACAAAACGAAGGUAUUUAGAAGAAUGAACUUUGAACUGUGAAACAAUAUUCUUUAAAAAAUGAGAUGCGGACAACACAUAUCAACAAGAAAAGACAGAAUGCUUCUACUGCGAAAUAUGAGGAGACUUGCAGUUGCAUUACCCUUAAUUGUGCUUUCCGUGUGUUUCGUGUAUUGGAAGAUGACUAAAACUAUAGGCUUAAACGAAACUGGAGAAAAAUUAGUUAAACCUAAAUUGCAGCCGAAGAACAUUGCCUUGUUAAAGUUUCAUCCAAUGGAGUUUGAGCCAGAAGUCAGAGAAGAUAUUCAGACAGUUGAUACUUACAAAACUUAUAUUCCUCAUAUAAUCCAUUUCAUUUUUAUAAGUGGUCUUAAAGGAAAGGUUGGCAUACCUGGUUAUUACAAAGACAAUGUCAAUUCCUUUUUACACUUCAAUCCAAAUUGGAAAUACUAUUUUUGGACGGAUAUAUCGGCCCGUCAGCUUAUUGCAACAAGGCAUCCUACGUUACUUCCAACUUGGGACAACUACCCACUUGUGAUAAAGAAAGCAGAUGCUUUACGUUAUGUGUUGCUUUAUGAAUUUGGAGGUGUUUAUGCAGAUCUAGAUAUGAAAUGUAUGCGACCUUUAGACCGAGCAACAAUGAAGUAUGCAUGUAUACUUACACCGGAACCAUUCGAACAUAGUACGAUUCUUUACAGACUUCCUUUCCUGCUGAGCAAUGCGUUUAUGAUGUGUAGACCAAAGCAUCCGUUCAUGAAACAGGCAAUUCUGUCUCUACCAGUAUUUGCAAAUAGUCCUCAUCCAUCAGCUGUGGCGGGCCCCUUGUUCCUGACAACUAUGUUCAAGAAGUAUAACAAUUUUCAACCAGGUGAUGAAUUUAGAAAGAAAACAGAUAACGUGAGUAAUUCGCCAUUCUUUUAUAAAGGUUCUCGUGCGGAAGAUCAUGUGGAAUCUAUUUAUAUAGCGAAUACACAUUAUUUUAUGGAUUCGAUUGACACUCGAGUGGACUUCCAGCGUAUGUGUGAAGGUCCUCGAGAGCGAAUGGUUAAACGUGGAUGUUUCAUUUGGACUAAGAGAAAAUUCGGUAAAACAAGAAAGUCGUUUUCUUAUACUGACCACAACUGGGCACACAUUUAUUCUAUUAAUAACUCUACACGAAUGAUACCUAUAGAAAGUGUUAUACCGGGUUCAAAACUGAAAAUAUGGCAAGCAGAACAUGGUUGACAGUUAUGAUUGAUGGAAUAAUAUGUCGACUUCUUUAAAUUUGACAGAAAAUUAUAUUAUGUUUUCAGAAAUAGUUUGUUGAUGAAUAGUAAGCGAACCUGAAACUGGCCAUAGUAAAAUGGUCAUUUGAAAACUUAGGGAAUUGAAGUACACUGUACUGUAAUAUUGAUGUUGAAUAUAACUCGUGUAACCACUGUUCCAAACUGUUAUGUUAUAUCUUUUUACCUAUGAAAUAAUGUUUAAGGAUCAUUGACUUUGUUUAAAUUAUGGAUACCAGUUUUUGUUAUGAACAUGAACUAUAUUACUUUUUGUCCAAUUCUCUUUUCAGUAAUUGUUAUCUAAAA